CUAGGGAACGUCAGAAGACGGUGGCCAAGACCCAGAACGUGGGAGGUAUCUGUUUCCACAUCAUUUAAUGAGGACUACAAAUACGGCUUCAAUCCCGAAGUCCCGACUACAAACCAAUGUCCCGGAACCAAAGGGCCGACACACGAAUUUCCCCCCGGACGCGCGAGUGUGUUACGCGCAUCUAUUGCUUUUGCCUGGCGGAGGCCGAUCGGGAGAGGACCAGCACCGAGAGGCCAAGGAAAGGAGGCGAGUCAAGGACUUCCUCCUGGGGAGGGAGCUUGGAUUCGGGAGGCCGCGUUAGGGCUGUCGGACUAGGCGUCCGCGCGCGUGGGAAAGUUCAGUCAUGUCUGUACAUUCGGUGAUGCGCACCCUGCGCAAGAACAAGACGCUUCGCUAUGGAGUCCCCAUGCUGUUGCUGAUAGUUGGAGGUUCUUUUGGUCUUCGUGAGUUUUCACAAAUCCGCUAUGAUGCUGUGAAAAUUAAAAUUGAUCCUGAAUUAGAAAAAAAACUGAAAAUGAAUAAAAUAUCAUUGGAAUCCGAGUAUGAGAAAAUAAAGGACUCUGCUUUUGACGACUGGAAGAAUAUUCGAGGACCCAGGCCUUGGGAAGAUCCUGACCUCCUCCAAGGACGAAAUCCAGAAAUUCUUAAGACUAAGACAACUUGACUCAGUUGAUUCUUUUCUUUUUCUUUUUUUUUUUUUUUUAAACAAAAAUGUUAUCAACUGGAAUUCCCACUACAUACUCAGGGGGAAGAAAAUUUCAGACCUAAAGAAGCUUGGAUGUGAGUAAUGUGAUGACAGAUAAUCUUGAUAAAAAGUCACAGUAACAUCAGGCAGUGAUUUUUUUGUGUCAAUCCUGUGUAGGAAAAUAAUAUCAAUCACAGGUGAUGAGAGUUUUGGUUUUACUUAUAAUACCUCACAUGAUAUACUAAUCAGUCUCCAAAGUAUAUAACUGAUGAUUAUGUUGAUACCAUUAAAACAUGUUGAGAAAAUAA